AUGACGCCUAUAACUCCUGCAAUUUUUAAAUAUAUAAAUAUAUUUGUUGGUACUCUUGCUGUAUUAGGUGGUGUAUCGCAGAUACGUCGAAUUUUUGUUGAGUUUAAUGUUUUUAUUCAAGGAUUAUUUGCUAUUGUCUUAUCCACGUAUGUUAUCUACUUGGAAUUUAAGAUCCCAUCACAAUUAUAUAAGUAUGCGUCGUUUUAUUUUAGUUUCUUAGGCAGAGGUAUGCUACACUUUCUCUUAGUCUCUUUAUUAGGGCAUAACAUUACUACUUUCAAAUUCAUUACCAAUUUUAUAUUGUUUUUCACUGGGCUAGGGUACAUUUUCUGCCAUUUCACUUCAUUUAUUGAAGAACCUGAUAACUUUAAAAUCUCUAACAAUGUAAUUAUGGUUGGUGAUGACGAAUUUGACGAUGAUGACGAUGACGAGGUUGUGUAA